AUGGCUACUUCGAAAUGUUCUAUUAAUGGAUGUAAACGUAACUCUGAUAAUCUGUGUAAUCAUUGCCAAAGUCAAGUUUGUACUAAGCAUUAUAUUGAACAUGUAAAACUUGCAAACAAUGAACUCAUUGCUCUUUCUGAUGAAAUAAAUUCAAUUGUUGAUACAAUACAACAGCAUGAUCUUACAGUUUAUGUUUUCGAGCAAAUUGAGCAAUGGAGAGAAAAAAGUCAUCGACGUAUUGACGAAAUAUGUAAUGAGAGAAAACAACAGUUAAAAAUUGAAAUAGAUCAAAACAUAAAUAAUCACAUGAAGAAACUUCGUGAACUAAGUCGAGAAGUGAAAGAAUUGAUUGAUGAAGGAGAUGCUUCAUUUAAACAAAUUGAAAAUAUUAAGAACAAUAUUGAAAAAUGUCGAGAACAGUGUAAACAAUUCGACAUACCAGAUUAUUUUCGAUUGAACCUGAAAGCAGUCAAUUUCGAAAUCACAUUAUUGCAUCAUGAAUUAUUUACAGGUGAUGGUACACUAUUAUCACUUGAACAUCAAUUGAAAUUGAAUAAAUUCUAUGGUAUAGAAGGACAAAAAUGGACAUUAGUUUACAAAGCAACACGAGAUGGCUUUUCUAGUUCUGAUUUUCAUCGAUGUUGUGAUAAUCAAGGUCCAACAAUAACUGUUAUUCGAUCGACAGAAGGUGGUUAUCUAUUUGGUGGAUAUACAUCUGUUUCUUGGCGUCCAGCAGAAGAUUAUGUUCUUGAUUCUGAUAAUCCAUUUUUGUUCACAUUAACCAAUCCACAUGGGAUUUCUCCAACUAAAUAUCCAAUCAAAACGCCAAAGUAUUCUAUCUAUGCUGGCACAAACUAUGGUCCAACAUUUGGUGGUGGACAUGAUCUUUAUGUUCAUAGUAAUAGUCAAGCAAACAGACGCAGCUUUUUUCAUUUUCCUCAUUCGUAUACUGAUACAACAGAUCAAGGUGCAGUGACUUUUACCGGUGAUCAAAACUUUCAAACAAAUGACAUUGAAGUUUAUCGACUAAUACAAACAUAA